CUUGGAAAGUAUUUCAAAAAGGAGUCGCACAAGGAUCAGUGUUAGGGCCUCUCUUAUUUAACGUGUAUAUUAAUGACCUUUUUCUUCUGAUGAAUAGAGCCGAAAUAUGUAACUAUGCAGACGAUACCACUAUCUACAUAUGCCACUCUGAGGUCAAAAAUGUCAUUGGCGGACUAGAACAAAAUGUCAUCCAACUAUCAACCUGGAAUCCUGAAAACUAUAUGAAAUUAAAUGCAGACAAAUGUCAUUUUAUGAUUUUUGGCGAGAAAAAAGAAAAGAUGAAAUUAAAUGUGGGAAUGGCGGUAAUAGAGGAAAGUGACGAAGAAACAUUACUUGGAGUAACACUAGAUACAAAUCUUAACUUCAAAACUCAUGAGCAGACUCUUUGUAAAAAGGCCAGCCAAAAACUGCAUGCUUUAUUUCGCAUUUUGAUUUUCAUGGAAUCCAAAACAUGAAAUUGAUGAUGAGCACUUUUAUAAUGUGAUAAUUCAGCUACUGCCCAUUAAUCUGGAUGUUCCAUGACAAAAAUAUUAAUAACAAGAUAAACAGGAUACAGGAAAGGUCCCUUCGAAUCACAUACAAAGACAACACUUCUCCUUACGAGAAAUUGGUAGAAAAUGAUAUUUCGGUAUCUAUACAUCAGAAGAACCUACAGUUGCAUAAUCUGGAUUGCCCAUGGUUGAAAUUUACGAAACAAGGAAUCACUUGAAUUCCUCGUUUAUGAUGAAAAUUUUUGAGGAAAAGGCAAUGCCGUAUCGACUAAGAAGCUCGAGCAAUUUAAACCUACCAAAAGUGAGAACCACAUGCUAUGGUACAGACACCGUAAGGUUCAUCGGUCAAAGAAUAUAGGCAAAAUUACCUAUAGAAGAGAACACUUCAGUCUUUUUGACUGUUUUUAAAAAACAUCUUAAGACAACAAAAUGCAAACAUUGCAAUUGUAGGAUUUGCAAAACUUUUAUAUAUGGUUUAGGUUUUUUGUAAUUAUUAAAUAUUUCUUUUGUAUACACCUUUUGCAAAUAGUUGGCCUUAAUUAGCUUUUAUUUUUAGCUAUUUCGAACAGCCAACUUUAAAUUAAAGUAUUAGUAAUAAGGAGGGCAUGUCCUCGGUUUUGCCGACCCUGAUUGAAAUAACAAAACUGACUGUCCAGUUUUAAAUGGCUUGAGGUUCUUGAAAUUCUUAACGUUCAAGAUUGAUUAAAUUGUUUAAAAUUGAUAUUGUUUUUUCCUAACACAGCAUUAUCUAGGCUUCUACGUGCUAUAUCAUUGGCAUAUUGAAUAAGGUCUGUGACUAAAUGACAAUAAUCCGAAUGGCUAGCUGGAAUGCUUACAGGAGGUCCCAAUCCUUUUUCUGUAACCAACUUGUUGUGGAUUUCGGUUCACAUGAAUAUUUCCAAAAAGAACACACCACGUUUAUGUAGUUUUCUCCGAUUCCAAAUAAUUCUUUUAAGCAAUCACAUGCUAUAUUUUAAGAUUUAAAUCUACACAAGUCAACGCAUAGGCAAGUAAAAUGAGAAAGAGAGAAAACAGAUUUACCGAAAUAAAAGAAACAUAUUCACCGAAAUCUAUAGAUUACAUCAGUAAAUGGUGAGAAAAGGUGCCCAUGUCACAGAUCAAAGGACCCAUGGGUGAAAGUGAAAGGAUGGGCACAGUGCGAUCGCGUUCCAGUAUCCCUUGCAAAUCUUACCGCUGCUUAUCUAAAGUUCAUCAAAUUUCUAUGAUCAGAUUUUGCAAAAUAUUACCUCAACUUUACAAAGCUUCUUAGUAUUGCAUUUCUUGUAGCAUAGUUCGCCCCUCACUAAUGCUGGCUUGUCAAAGAAAUUUCACUUUUCCGCGUGUUCCACGUGUUCCGCGUAUUCCGCGUGUUCUGCGUGUUCCGCAUUUUCCGCGUUUUCGACCUGGCCUUGCUUGUCAAAGAAAUCCAGCAUCAAAUCCAAAUCCAGUAUAUAAUCAAAAAUGAAAGCAAAAUAAGUUUCUCCACGGGAUGAUGUUUUUAGAUAAAAGAUCGAUAGGCUGGAGACUGGGAUAAGCCGGUCAAAAAUUUCAAAUAUCGAAUUUUCGUAAAAACAAAAACAAAAGUCAAAUAACUAAGUCAAGAAACGUAAGACAAACAAAAGCAAAGGUCAAGGAACACAAAUUGAUUAAUUUAUCCUAGACCAAAGCAGGUUACUUUCGAGGCAAAAAGUCUCCCAUCGUUAGGACCACACAUUUUGAAUUCUUUGCCUAAAGAAAUUUAAUUAGAUAAAAAUUCCAACAUUCGAGAGACUGAUUAAACAUUGAGUUGGGCCAACUUGCGGCUGUAGUACUGUAGUUGUAUUUGUAGCUAGCAACCGAAAUAUGCCUAUCAAGUGUACAGUCUCAGUCGAUUUAUAUUAUUUUGUUUUUAAAUUGUGUGAAAUUAAAUCAAAAUAAGAUGGUAAAAAAGAAACAAAGUCCAAUUUUCGAUAACAACUUUGAUCUGUUUGUAAAAGGCAUGGUUUUCCAAUUGUUGAAUAAGGAACAAUUAAAUUUUUUACUGACUUGUCAUUAAAACAACUUCAAUUUAUUCGCUUUCAUGUAAAUGUUCUGUAACGUUCCAGAAUACACUUUUGAAGUCGUGUGCAUGUUGUCAAAAUGGCUAAGAAUUCAGUUAUUACGGGAGAAUUGUUUGAGGCACGCCUUAUACUAAAAUCUGGCUAAGUACACCAUAUUCUUACAACCUGGUAAUUAUAUCACAAUGUGACCAAGAGCACAGUUCAACUUGAAAAAUAUUGCAUUUAUUGCUUCACUCUACUGAUUCGAAAGAGGUUGCAGUAGUGAACCGAAUUUUUCAAGGAAAAGACCAUAUCGUUUUCGUACUUCUUUAAUUUUCUGCUGAAUUCCACAUACAACUGUUGCGUGACUCUACUUCACUCAUCCUUUACCUACACGUAGCGCGACACUACUCUACUUUCUUUAGUGUUUCUAUUUUGAUCUUUUGUAUAAAAUUGUUCCAUUUAUCUAAUAAUGCUGAUUAAUAUACCAAUAUUCUUAACUUCGGGUUUUUACUGCGAUUUAACCAUAUACCUGUGAAUCAUGCAUAAUUUUGUGUGUAUUUAUUGUAUGUUCCCACUAGGCUCUCAAACUUACUGUAUCCCUAAGUGUUUAAUUUGGUUCCUUAAACACGUGCAUAACUAAAUCUAUGCAUACUACUACUUAUAAUUUAAAAAUUUCCACCAAAACACGUGCGAGCACGUCUGCAGCACAAUAAAGGGGCAGGGCUAAAGAUCAAAUUUCCAUAAAAACUUCCAAAAAUUGGCAAUAUAUCUCACACUCUUUGAAAAAUUGUGUUGUUUUUGGGCGCUAUAGCCAGCCUGCCCCCAACCACUGCGUCUCUAAGUGAAACAAUAGAAAUUUUUGCAGCAUUAAUAAGUAGUUUUCCAGCAAACAAAAGAAACGAAAGUAGAAAAACACUCCUUUUAUAGAUCAAUUUUGACAGAUCACGCACUUUUAUGAACUUACUCGGACAAGAUGCAAACGCAAAGUUAUAUAUUGAACUACCAAUGUUGAGAAAAAACAGCCACAUUCGCAUACUAGAGCACGUCCAGAACAAACACUGUUAAUAAUAUCACGGAGCAGUCUAAUGCUGUAUAUUCGACGUUGCUCAAUAGAUUAUAUCUGGACAAGAAACUGGAAAAAGGAGUCAGGUUUGUUGUAGUUCUUGUCUUUUGCUGCCUUUUGUCAGGUGGAAUAAUACAUAAAGCUUCGUCUUCAGUGCAUUGAAGUCUUUUUAUUUCAAAAAUGAAUAAUACAACGCUUGCCGAAAACUACAGUUGCAGCUCACUCUGGCCACUUGGUAUGCCGAAGGCCCAUCUUUUCGUCUGGGCAUCACUUCUUGCCGUACUUUCUCCAGUUACGAUUGUAUCGAACCUCGUACUUAUUUAUGCUCUACAGAAGACAAAGCAGCUUGCAAGUAUUACAAACAAACUUGUAUGUAUUAUGUGCAUUUCAGAUCUUUGCACAGGCCUAUUUGUCCUUCCUGGUAUCACCGCGAUGAUUGCAUUGGAGGACAAACUUCGAAACUGCACCUUUGAGCUGACAAUGCAAUACAUGGCUUUUGUUCUGGCAUACUUUUCUUUCUUCAUCCUGAUGAGCGUAUCGCUUGACCGCUACUUACACGUAACGAAGCCCUAUCGCUACAAACAACUUGUCAACGAGUUCCGCAUGAAGGUACUUGUUGCGGCUGCGUUUCUAGUAUCGUGCACAGUUGCGGCGAUUUCAAUCACAUAUCCAUCAUUCGUGAUUCAAGUUAUUUUGAACGUAACGGAUAUUUCUUGCGUGGUUAUCGUCUUCAUCCUAUAUGUUUUUGUUUUUAAGAAGAUUUCCAAACACAAAGAAAAUAUUCGAAAGUUCAUGCGUGAAAACGGGGCCAAAAAAGCUAAGAGGGCCGCAUGCCGUGAGAUUUCAGCAACAAAAACAAUUCGUGUGCUACUCGUUACUUUGUUUGCGCUUUACCUACCAUAUAACUUUUCAUCAGCAGCCUGGACUUACUACAAGUUCAAGCUGGUGACUGAACCCGGUUUGGGGCUUGAUGUUGUCGAGUACAUUUCAUACAUAAUUGUGUUCGCAAACGCAAGCGCAAACGCAAUAAUCUUCGGGCUGGGAAACACGAGCACUAGAAGAUUCCUGAAACAGCUGGUUGGUUAUUCUUUAAAAAGUCAACAAUCAACUCUGUCUACGGAUGGUAUUGGAUCAGACGCUACAAGUGAAACAUCUAACGCUGGGAAGUAUAACGUCUAAAGUGACGUCAAAGGGAUAGGUACUCGAUGUAAUCAGGCCCAAGAAACAAAGCAAACCUAUUCCGCAUAGUCAGUGGUUUCGGAUUUACGAAAUGAAAGUGAAAUCAAGUUGAACGAAAAGAUAUUGUAUUAGGAUUUCUUGAUCAGAUUAUUUUCACAUUUAAUUGGCUAUUAUCUCGUUUUCUUCAUUCUUGGAAAUCAGCUGGCAAUAAAGUCUUGAAUGAUUUUUCUAGCAGCGGAUCAGCGUUUAACAGUGGGAAGUUUGAAGGCAUGGGAAAUGUGAAAAGGAAAGGGCGGCGGUCACUCUUUGCAAGGCACGCUUAAGUUUCACUUUCCGUCGUAAAUAAGAUUAAAAAUAGACGAUUAAAUGAACAAGGCUGAUAAGGUUGGACCGUAGGUGCUUUGAAAGUGCCACAUCAUUGUUUAGUAGUCGUCAUAACUAAAACAGCCGGUCGCAUAAUGAAAGAGUCAUCGAAACUGAACGAGGGUCGUUUACGCCAGUAGUGUCUGAAACCAAUGGAGCAAUGGUGAGGGAGUGCCUGAUAUAUCAUCAUUUCUAUAGCUUGCAGCCAAAUUAGCGAAAAACAGGGAGAAAAUAACUUGAAGUUGUCACGGAAAUUAAAGCUAAAAUGUCGCCGAAAUGUUCUUAUGCAAAAUAUAAAAAUUAACGCUCUUAUGCAAAAGUUGUUCGAAAACAGUCUUUUAACUACAGUUAACCUACAAUUUUGAUUACAAUUCCUUUGUUGAUUUAUAUGUUAAAAUAUAUGUUAACCUAUUUAAAUUAGCUGUAAUCAAAACUUCAUCUAAAAAAUCUGACUAAUCAAAUCAAAUCAAAUCAAAACUUUU